AUGGUCCACAGUAUGCUUCACGAGAGUCCCAAGAGUUUGCAAAGACAUGGGAAUUCAAACACGCCACAUCAAGUCCAAGAUAUCCUAGAAGCAGAAAAAAACAGUUCAGACGGUAAAGAAGUUGUUAUCGAAGGCUUUAAGCAGUCAUCAAGAUCCAUACCUGGUCAUUCUGGAAAACCGAAAUACCCCAGUGGACGGAUUCGCAAUUCCAGCUCAACUACUAAUGAGUCGAAAUUUGAGAUCAACGAUUCCCUCAUUACCUACCCAUUUCAAGCCCGAAAUUGUGUAUGCACAAGAAUUUCAAGAUAA